UAAAGUCAAUCGAAGAAGAAGAGGAAGAGAGUUUAACUUCACAUACUUUUUUACAACCCAAAUCUUGUUACUUUUGUGGAUUUAUGUCUCACGGAGAUAAAGGCUAGUUUAAUUAACGUUAGCCAUACGGUGUGCGGUUAUCAGACAGCACGGAGAGGUCGUUUCCUGCCCAGCCACAUUCCAUUUAAUGGGAAGGGGAACUGAGGAAAAGAUAACAGUAGGGAAUGAUCUGGAGCAGUGAGAGGUUGUGGCGGCCUCAUCAGUAGCUGUCACCACGGCGGGGGACCUUCGGACCUCCGUCUGCAGGGUUGUGAUUUACCUCCAAAGGGACAUGUCCGGGGACAGCUGCCUGUCCCAUCAUCACACCCAGCCCGGCUCUGCCUCCCUAGCCCCUCCUCUGGCCUGUCCCAAGACCAAGACCUGCAGUUAUCGAGAAGCGGUGGGCUUGGGCAACAAGUAUGUCCGGCUCAACGUCGGUGGGACCCUGUUCUACACCACAUUGCAAGUGCUGACCAGGCAGAACUCUAUGCUGAAAGCUAUGUUCAGUGGAAAAAAGGAAGUGUUUACUGAUAAAGAAGGUUGGAUCCUGAUCGACCGGAGCGGUAAACACUUUGGCAGCAUCCUUUCCUACCUGCGUGAAGGCACAGUCACCUUACCCAAAGGUCAUCAGGCUAUCCAGGAGCUGCUGGCUGAGGCAAAGCAUUACCUCAUCCAGGGUCUAGUGGAACUUUGUGAAAACACCCUGCAGGGAAAUAAAGAGCAGCCCCUGUGUGUUAUACCUGUGGUCACCUCCAGUAAGGAAGAGGAGAGGCUCAUCCAGUCUUCUACCAAGCCUGUGGUGAAGCUGGUGUACAACAGAAGCAAUAACAAGUACUCCUACACCAGUAACUCAGACGACAACCUGUUGAAGAACAUAGAGCUGUUCGACAGGCUGUCUCUUAGCUUCAACGGCCGCGUCCUCUUCAUCAAAGACGUGAUAGGAGACGAAAUCUGCUGCUGGUCCUUUUAUGGUCAGGGUCGCAAGCUGGCUGAGGUCUGCUGCACCUCCAUCGUCUAUGCCACAGAGAAGAAGCAGACCAAGGUGGAGUUUCCUGAAGCUCGCAUCUAUGAGGAAACUCUGAACACCUUGCUUUACGAGACAAUGCCACUGCCCGACAACUCCCUGCUGGAGGCCACGCGUCGGAGCUAUACUAACUGCGGCUCUCACAGCGAGGAAGAGGAGGGGCCUGGAGGAGCUGAGCUUCGCGAGCGUGUCCGUCGAAUACACGUCAAGAGGUACAGCACGUAUGACGACCGGCCACUGGGACACUGAGACUGAAACCACAAACCACUGGCCAGAUUUCAGUUUUUCACGUCAUGAUGAUGAUGAACAUUCAAAUGUGAAAUCUGUUGGUGCUCAUAAGUUUCUCUUUUGGAUUGUUUUAGUAUCUUACUUUCAUUACCACUAUCAAAAAAGUCCAUAUUGUGGCCAUGGUCUAAUUACAUGUGACUUUUUACUCUAGAUAGUUGCGGUGUUGUCCGUGCUGUCCAUCAUAAUUUAUGAAUUACUAUCAGAGGAGGCUGAGUAACUACUUUGAAUAUCUAGAGAACUGUAGGUUUUUUAUUAAAUGUAGAUUAGUAGUGGAGGAAAAAUCACUAAUAAGCACUACAAUCCUAGCACUUAAACUCUGAUCCAGCAGGAGAGCAUGUUUCAUAUUUAUAAAUUGUAUUUUUCAUAUACACACUUGCAGAAGCCUGUUUGCCAAAGAUCAACCUGUUUUUCUAUAAUUAGUAUACCUUAGUAUGUUGUAAUGCAGUUUUCCAUUAUGCCUUUUUUCCCAGUUGUGAAGAUAAAAGUUCUUGUUAUUCAACUA